CAGAGGAAGAUUCUUGCAGCCAUGAGAUACUCAGCUGUCUGGCUCAGCGCCCUGCUGUGUCUGAGAACAGAGCUCGUGUCCGCCGAACAUGCCACCGGCCAGGGGAAAAGACAGCUCCUCAACGCCGAUAUACUCGGAGCUCAAACGUACGACUACGUGAUCGUUGGAGGAGGUACCGCUGGUCUGGCCAUUGCCAACAGGCUUUCUGCUGAUGCUAGUAUCACCGUGGCCGUCAUUGAGGCUGGAUCGCUGUAUCAGGUCACAAAUCCCUUGUUGAGCACAUUUCCCGCCGGCGAUGUCUUUUUCGUGGGCUCCGAUCCGAAACAGCCGCUGGAUGUGCAGCCUCUGGUUGACUGGAAUCUUGUCACAGAGCCGCAGGCUGGUGCGAAUGAGCGAAAGUUUCGCUAUGCUAGAGGGAAGUGCUUGGGAGGAACAAGCGCCAGGAACUUCAUGAUCUACCAGCGUCCAACGAAGGGGUCGCUCCAGCAAUGGGCAGAUGCUGUCGAUGACCAGAGCUACACCUUCGACGAGUGGCUGCCAGACUUCAAGAGGAGUGUCGACUUCACACCUCCUGGUCCAACGAGGGCGACGAACGCGUCUGCAGAGUACAAUGCUGCUGCGUUCGACUCUGGCGCUGGCCCGCUUCAGGUCUCAUACUCCAAUUAUGCCGGGCCCUUCUCAAGCUGGGUCGAAGGAUCGUUGAACGAGAUAGGAAUCGGGCACGCUCAGGACUUCAACAGCGGAAGUCUUAUGGGCGCGCAAUACUGCUCCUCGACCAUUCGUCCGAAGACCCAGUCUCGAGAGACCUCACAAACAUCGUUCUUGAACGCUGCAACAACACGCUCAAACCUGAAGGUGUUCAGCGCUACCAAGGCCAAGAAGAUCCUGUUCGACGCCGAGAAGAAAGCGACGGGUGUACGAGUCACGACAGCUCUCAACUUGGUCGGUCUGACCAUCAACGCGAGGCGGGAGGUCAUUGUGAGCGGCGGUGCCUUCCACAGCCCUCAGCUCCUAAUGGUCUCCGGUAUUGGACCCGCCUCUACCCUGAGGCAGCAUGGGAUCGAGGUGAUCUCAGAUCUCGCAGGCGUCGGCCAGAACUUGAUCGAUCACAUUCUCUUCGGUCCGGCCUACCGUGUGAAAGUGGACACACUCUCGCGAAUUGUCCAAGAUCCCGUCUACCUUGCUGCGCAGGUCUUGGAGUACGCUCAACAGCGUGGGCCGCUCGCCAAUCCAGUGUGCGACUUCCUUGGUUGGGAAAAGGUGCCGAAUUCGCUACGUGAAUCGCUUUCUUCAUCGUCCAUAGCCGAGCUGGAUCGAUUUGAUGCAGACUGGCCAGAGAUCGAGUAUCUCGGUGCGCCAGGUUACGUUGGAGCUUUCACGAAUCUGUUUGCCACCCAGCCCGAUGAUGGCUACCAGUACGCCACCAUUCUUGCGGCGCUUGUGGCACCCACGUCGGUAGGGAGUGUCACGAUCAGCUCUGAUGACACGGACGACUUACCCGUGAUCGACCCGAAUUGGCUGUCCACAAAGACUGAUCAAGAGGUCGCCAUCGCCGCGUACAAGCGCGUGCGUGAAGCGUUUGCCUCCAACUUCAUGAAGCCAGUUCUUGCCGACGACGAAGAGUACUUUCCCGGUCCCGAUGUUCAAACUGAUGCGCAGAUCCUGGAAGUCAUUCGUAACACGUUGCAAACUGUAUGGCACGCUAGCGGCACUUGCAAGAUGGGAAGAGCUUCGGACAAUAUGGCCGUGGUGGACAGUCGUGCGCGGGUCUUUGGAGUGACCGGUCUGAGAGUCGUCGAUGCUUCUUCUUUCGCCCUUCUGCCUCCUGGCCAUCCUCAGUCGGUCGUCUAUGCUUUGGCAGAGAAGAUAUCGAGACACAUCUUGAGUGAUGACUGA